AGGCUGAGGAAGGCAGAAGACGCAGACAAGAGGCAGAUCUCGACAAAAUGGAACUUGAAGAUGACAUAACCAGAGAUCACAAAGGAUAUUCGGGGGAGAUGUCUUUAAAACCAGAAGAGUAUGUGAAGAAAAAAACUGUCUUUAAAUACAAAGUCAUCUGUGCUGUUCUGCUGUGUGCUUUGGUGGUUGUAUCCCUGGGACUUGGUUUAGGACUAGGACUCAAUCGUGGCAAGCAGGAGCAAGUCAGCUGCAGACACAAGUGCAAUGAGCCACACGGGAAAGGUGUGCCCGGCUGCCAGUGCGACAGCGGCUGCAGGGAGCGUCAGGACUGCUGCUGGGACUAUGAGGACACCUGUGUGGAGCCAACCCGAUCUUGGAAGUGCACCAGUUUCCGUUGUGGUGAGACAAGAAUACCUGGAAGUUACUGUUCUUGUUCUGAUGACUGCUUGCAGAAAAAAGACUGCUGUGUAAAUUAUUACAGCAUUUGCAAAGGUGAAACAUCUUGGGUAGAAGAACCAUGUGUGUCAAUUGAAAGUCCUCAGUGUCCAGCUGGAUUUACUCUCCCACCACUUAUCCUUUUUUCCAUGGAUGGGUUUAGAGCAGAGUAUUUGGAAACUUGGAGUUCUUUGCUGCCAAAUAUUGAAAAAUUCAAAACAUGUGGCACACAUUCAAAAUACAUGAGAGCUGUUUACCCCACAAAAACCUUUCCAAACCACUACACUAUUGUCACAGGAUUGUAUCCAGAAUCUCAUGGUAUCAUUGAUAACAACAUGUAUGAUGUAGACUUGAAUGCACAUUUCUCACUAUCAGGGGAAGAAAAAUUCAAACCUGCGUGGUGGAAAGGGCAACCAGUCUGGCUGACAGCAAUGUACCAAAAUUUGACAGCAGGCACCUUCUUUUGGCCAGGCUCUGAUGUUCCAAUUGAGGGAACAUACCCCACCUUGUACAACAUAUACAACGGAUCGGUUCCAUAUGAAGAAAGAAUUUCAGGAAUACUGAAAUGGCUUGAUAAUGCCCAGCCUAAGAGGCCUGAUAUAUACACUUUGUAUAUUGAAGAACCAGAUUCUUCUGGACAUUCAUUUGGACCAGUUAGUGCUGGUGUAAUCAAAGCCUUACAGGCAGCAGAUCAAGCACUGGGGAUGCUCAUGGAUGGACUUAAACAAAGAAACCUGCACAAGUGUGUAAACCUCAUUGUUUUAGCUGAUCAUGGGAUGGAGAAGACCUACUGCUCACAGUUAGAAUAUAUGACUAAUUACUUCAAAGAGGUGAAUUUCUACAUCUAUGCUGGGCCUGCAGCACGCAUUCGAGCACAGAAUGUUCCAGAGGAUUAUUUUACCUUUGACUCAACAGGAAUCGUUAAAAACCUCACAUGCAGAAGAUCCCCUCAGCACUUCAAGCCCUACCUGACCCCUGACUUGCCCAAACGAUUCCACUAUGCUAACAACAUGCGCAUUGAUAAAGUUCAUCUUUUGGUGGAUCGACAGUGGCUGGCUGUCAGAGAUGAAAGUUACACAUUUUGUGAUGGAGGUAACCAUGGCUAUAACAAUGAAUUUAAAAGUAUGGAGGCUAUAUUCUUAGCAUAUGGCCCAAGCUUUAAAGAGAAAACAGAAGUGGAUGCUUUUGAAAACAUUGAGGUUUACAACCUUAUGUGUGAUUUGCUGCGUAUAUCACCAGCAGAAAACAAUGGAACACAUGGCAGCUUGAAUCACCUUUUAAAAAAACCUUUUUACAAUCCUUCACAUCCAGAUGAAGUCUCAUUGCCCUCUUCAUGUCCGGUUUACACUCUGACCCCUGAAAAUGACCUGGGAUGCAAAUGCAUGCAAAUUUCAAAUGAGACAGAAGCGUCACUAAAUGAGAGGUUAAAUCUCACCACAGAAGAAAUAAAGAAAGCAAACUCAUCUCAUUUGCCAUAUGGACGACCCAAAGUUCUUCAGAAGGAAAAUGUCUACUGCCUUCUUUCCCAUCAUCAGUAUGUGAGUGGAUACAGCUCUGCUAUCUGGAUGCCACUGUGGACUGCAUACACCGUGAAUAAGCCAGAAAACACAUCUCCUCUUCCUCCCACUGUUUCAGACUGUCUGCGGCCUGAUGUUAGAAUCCCUGUUGCUUGGAGCCAAAAUUGUUCCGACUACCCAGAAGGGCUGACCUUGACCCACAGUUUCCUCUAUCCUCCCAACUACAAUUCAUCUGCUCUUGAACAGUAUGAUGCCUUACUCACCAGCAAUAUUGUUCCCAUGUAUAAAGCUUUCAAAGACAUAUGGGACUAUUUCCAUGAUGUGCUUCUUCAGAAGUAUGCUAGAGAAAGAAAUGGAGUAAACGUUAUCAGUGGGCCAGUGUUCGAUUACAAUUAUGAUGGCCAUUUUGAUAGCCCUGAUGAAAUUAAGCAGUAUGUAAACAAUACAAAAAUCCCUGUCCCAACCCAUUACUAUGUGAUUCUGACAAGCUGCAAGAACACAUCCUAUACUCCACUGAACUGUUCGGGGUCCUUGGAUGCUAUGUCUUUUAUCAUUCCUCAUCGACCUGACAACACUGAAAGCUGUGCUGAAAAUAAGACACUUUCUGAGUGGGUUGAAGAAAGAGUUCAGGCUCAUUCUGCACGUGUUCGGGAUGUGGAGUUGUUAACUGGGCUUGACUUUUACCAGGAAAGAAAUGAAUCCGUCUCUGAGAUCUUGCGGCUAAAGACAUUUUUACCGAUAUUUAAUGCUGAAAGUAACUGAUUAUCUUUGAAAAAUGGAUCAGUGCUUGGAAGAAAGAAAAAUUAAGUGAUUUCACUUAUUUCCUCACUUAAGUAUAUGGGAGUA